AUGGCUGGGUCAAUGAUUUGUCGAGUGCUUGCGGUACUAUCACUCGGCAUGAUAGUCAAUGCAUCCCCAGUCCAACCAGCUCGCCGGGCAAUCUCAAGUGAACUAUUGGAACGAUUCACUCUUUUCUCCCAAUUCGCCGCCCUAUCGGCCUGCGACCAAAACAUCAACCACACGGGCCAAACUCUGACCUGCGACUACGGCGCCUGCCCGCUCGUAGCAGCCGACAACACGACAGUAAUUAAUACAUUCCACAUCGAUCACGGCCCGACAGGCUACAUCGCCUUGGACCACACGCGGGAACUGAUCGUCCUAGCAUUCCGCGGAACGGUAUCCAAAAGCGACGGCGACACAGAUCUCGAUAUCGCCCUCACCCCGAUUGACGAGGUGUGCACCGGAUGUAGGGCCCAUCAUGGGUUCUGGGUUUACUGGAGCGCCGUAGCGAGCCAGGCAACAUCUCAGCUUCGCGAUGCAACCAGCGCGUAUCCGGGAUAUAGGUUGAGCGUUGUCGGACACAGUCUGGGCGGGGGUAUUUCGGCGCUAGCAGGGACGGUUCUUCGAACACAGGGGUUCGAUCUGGAUAUUUGGACAUUUGGAGGCCCCAAACCAGGAAACAUGAAACUGGCCGAAUUCAUCACCUACCAGCAAGUGUCCAACAGCAUCUACCGAGCCACGCAUACGACAGACCCUAUCCCGAAAGUGCCGAUCAAUCUGCCUUUCUUGGACUGGAGUCAGCCUUCGCCUGAAUACUGGAUUACUCAGGAGACUGGAGUCCAGGUCACCACUGAUGGGGUGAAGUAUGUUGAAGGAAUUAAUAGCAAGGAGGGGAAUGCUGGUUCGGAUGGGGAUUUGAGGUGGCCGAAUCCUGAACAUGGGUGGUAUUUUGGGAAUAUGAGUGCGUGCGCGACUCCGAUAGAUGCAUCAUAG